AUGAGCACGAAUCCUGCGAGUGGGAGCACCAGCACGGCGGAGACGAGUGCAGGCACUACUACUGCUACAGGAGCAGAUGCUCCCACGAAGCGGCGGCCCGGUCGUCCUCGCAUGAAGGACAGCCUGCCCGCGGAUCCCAACGACAAUUCGCGCCGGUCUCGAAUGCGGCUCGCCCAGCGGUCCUACCGUAGCCGCAAGGAAAAUGAGCUCGCGACGACAAAGGCCCGGGCCGACGCGCUGCAAAAGGCGCUCAACAGCUCGCUGGACGAGUUCAUCCGCUUCCACGAGCUGUCGUCGGGCAAGGAGAAGGACCUGCCGUCCGACUUUGUGCUGCAGCUCAACCGGACGGCCAUGAACAUCAUGGCCAUUGCCCGGAGCGCGCAGGCGGACGACUGGCCGGUGCUGGACCACGCGGACCGGCUGCUGGCGUCGUCGUCGUUGUCGUCGUCGUCUAUGGGCGGCGGCAGCGGUGGCUAUGCCCCCUCAUACCACGGUAAGGACAAGAACAACAACAACAACAACAACAAGAGCGUCAACGACGACGGCUCCUCCAUCUACAUCCUGGAGGACGGGAUCGGGACUACCUCUUCUUCUUCCUCCUCCGGCCCCUAUCCUGGACGCCGCCAGCCGCUGCGGCCCAAGCCCGUCACCAUCUCGCAGCGCCUGAUCCGGGCCUGCAUCGACCGCGCCGCCGACAUCUUGCACCUGACCUCGUCGCCCGUCAUGUGCCUGCUGCCGGCGAUGCUGCUGCCGCUGCAGUUUGACCGCCGCGACAACCUGCUCUCGCGGACGAUGCGCUACCUCAGCAUCGCUGAUAACAACAACGACAACGACAACAACAGCGGCAGCAGCAGCAACAGCGCCCUGACGCUGGACCACGAGCACAGCCCCCUGGCGGAGCGGCACCUCCCGCGGAUGCUGCGCAUGGUCGAGGGCCAGUCGCAGACGCUGGUGCCGCGAAGGCCGCCGCCGAACCUGCAGCGGCUGCAGCUCGGGCGCACCCGGACGGUGCUGUCGACGGCGCUGCCGGACCUACAGGGCGAGUGGCUGGAGGCGUCGGACGUCGAGGAGUAUCUCGAGCAGAGGGGCAUCUUCAUCCGGCAGGACGCGCCAGACGCUGACACGCUGCAUCUAGCCAUCCCCGUCCUCGACGUCGACGCCGAUGCUGGCGGCCUGUCCCUUCAGGCGACGGACCUCAACGACGUCAACCGCCAGAACCCCGUCCGCAUGGUCCGCAACCACCCGCAUUUGGUCGAUGAGGCAUCCUCCUCCUCCUCCUCCUCCUCCUCCGUCAUCAUGCCUGGUCCUCUUUCUGGUCCUUCUCCUGCUCCUCAUCUUCUUCACCAUCACUACCACCAUCAGCAACAACAACAACAACAGCAGCAGCAGCAGCAGCAGCAGCCGUCCUUCGACAACUUCGCCGCAAUCAACCCAGACUACACCAUCUUUGGGCAGCAGCGCGACGUCCAGGUGGUUCCUUCGGGACUGCGCAUGUUUACGCCCACGGCUUGGAGUAUCGACGAUUCCGCCAAUAUCAUACCCAUAGACAUGGCUAUGCGCAACAACCAAGCCAACAACGGCAGCAACAACAGCAACAACAACAACAAUAACCCAGACCACAUCAACAUCAUGGUCAACCUGGACAACCUCAUUGUCAAGCUGGCGUCAAAGGCCGUAUGCUUGGGGCCGUGUCCGGGGAUCCGGAGGGGGCAUGUGGACGAGGCGAUUCGCGACUCGGUGGUGCAGAUGCCGCCAAUGUAA